UAUAUUAAAACAUAUUUUUGCUGAAGCCGAAUCAUAAGAAAACAAGAGCCAAUUUCAGAAUAAAAGUGCCAUUGCGGCAACAGGAAAAAGAGCCAGUUUUAUUAUGAACGACUCGAUGCAACUCUACUGCCGGCAACAAAUUGCAAUUGCAAUUUAACAAUUACGUGGUCCAGAGCAGCUGCCAGCGUCUGGGUUAGCGUAAAACUAACAGCAUGGAUUAUCAGUACUACGACGACCAAUACUACGCAGAUGAUGAUGCCGGCGACGAGGAUGUGGAGGAUGAGGAGGACUAUGGCGAGGCAGUGUUAAUGCAGACAAGCGUAAAGCAACGCUUGAUGGACAGCUACAAUGCCUGUGUGCUGCCCUCGCUUAGCCAAGUGGCCAGCUAUAUAACACCGCUGCUGUUUGGCUGUCUGCUCUGCCGGUUGCUCUGCAUGCUCUAUGCGCGACGCCAACGCCUAACAACCAAUCAGCAGCAGGCUAACAGCCUAAAGGUAGCGCCGCUGCAUCUCAUCAACCUAUUUUGCGGCGCAGGCAUGCUAUAUGCAACGCUCGGCGAGGAUUUGCUGCUGCUAUUUCUAGUGCUCAGCUUGGUGGGCUAUGCGCUGCUACAGCUGGUGCGUCUGCGUCUGGCUGGCAGUCAGAUGAGCGCCAUUGCUAUUGCAGUGCUAAGCAUCGGCAGUCAGUUUGCCUACGAGCUGUGGCUGGUGGAGAAGCGCGGCAAUUGGCCGCAGCUGCGCGGUCUGCAAAUGGUGGCAAACAUGAAGCUAAUCUCACUGGGCUUUGACUUAACAGAAGCAACAACAUCAUCAUCAUCAUCAUCAUCGUCGCAGGCGCAGCGCAUGCCCAGCUUGCUGGCUUAUAUGGGCUAUAUAUGCCAGCCGGCCAGCUGUGCGCUGGGUCCCUGGAUAAGCUACAGACGCUAUCUGGACUCGCUGUGCGCCAAGUCAAUCUGGCUGCGUACGCUGUUCCAGCUGCUGCUAAACUUGCUGCUCUGUUUGCUGGCGCUCAGCGUGUCCAAUUGCUUUGCGCCCGCGCUUAGCGAAUUCCACCUGCCAUCUGAAAUGCUGCAGCGCCACUUCGGUUCGCAAUGGCUGCACAUGUAUACGGGUUCGCUGAGCGUACGCAGCAGUCAUUACUUCAUCAGCUGGCUAAGUCAGGCGCUGAUUGCAGCCGCCGGCCUGCAGCUGGACAGCGCGCAGCGCAGCGCACUGCUGGGCGAGCUGGUGACCCAAGCCUGGCACAUUGAGUGGCCACGUUCGCUAAGCGCGCUGGUGCGCAGCUGGAACAUGCCCAUGCAUGAGUGGCUCAAGCGCUAUGUUUACGUUCAUGCCGCUCCCAGUGACAGCGACUGCUGCAACAGGCCACGCUCGCGUCUGCGCACACUGAUCGCUGUAGUGUGCACUUAUGUGGUAUCCUCGCUGUUGCACGGCAUGGACUUUCGCAUUUAUGUGGUGCUGCUCUCGCUGGCCGUCUUUGCCGAAGGCGAGUCCAUGCUGCGACGCCACUUGGCGCUGCUUUGCGAUGCCUGCAUCGCUGCUAAUCCCUGCCGUGGCAUGCUACGUUGCCACUAUACACACUGCCCGGAGCGUCGUGGCUGGCGCUGCUUCAGCUCCUGGGUGGUAGAGCUUACGAAUCUCGGCUUCAGGCUGCUGGCCAUUGGACAUCUGGCCUACCUGGGCGUAGUGCUGUUCAGCGAGACUUUCACCACCAGCGGCAGCGGCGGCGGCGGCGGCAGCCUGAGCGACGAACUGGGUUUCAUUUAUCAUUGGUCAGCGGCCGGCUAUCUGAGCCACUAUGUGGGCCUCGGCAUGUUUGUGCUGUAUCUGUUCAUAUCCUAGAAACGAGUACGAGAACUAUUGAAGACUGCCUAAGAGAGACUGGCGCCUAUGGUCCAUAUACCAUGUGAUUUAACGACAAUUUUUACUUAAAGCUGCCGCUACACAACAACAGCAGAACUGUGAAUUUCCAAUAUUAUAUUUAUAUAUAUUACUACUAUAUAUGUAUGCAUGUUUUUUAUAUAUGUAUGUAGCCGUAUCGUAUUCGUAUCCAUAACCGUAUGUCCAAGCUGCUUUAUGUGUAUAUUUAUUUUUAUAUUCAGAUUUUAUGUGUAAUGUGACGUUUGUACUUAAAUAAAGAUAUGUGUAAACAUUUUAACCAAAGCUACAAGACUUUUUUAAUUAAUUACAUUGGCUAAUGACGGAUGGGUGAGUGUUCUCCAUCGAAGGAGCAUUCGAACAGUUCAUUCGCCUGCCCCUUCUUCUAGUCCAAGGAGGACUCAUUGUUUAAUCUUCUGUCUAAGCGGAGCGCCUGAUGUUCUUCUUGUACAUUUAA